AUGUCUCGUCAACCAACCCAGCCCCAGCGGCAGCUUUCCCUCACGGAGGAGCUCGAAAAGCUGGAGCAAUCCAUCACCUUGACCCUCCAAGAGAUCGACCACAAUUUUAGCCAAGCCCAUCGAAUUGUGACGACGAGCAUCCUCCCGUUGGUCGAACAGUAUACGGAGCAUUCUCAGGAUGUCUGGCAGGGCGCUAAGUUUUGGAAACAAUUCUUUGAAGCCAGUGCCAAUGUAUCUCUCUCUGGUUAUGAGGAACGACCCAAUGAGGACGAGACCCUACAAGAGACCACCGCCACGGAAGAGGAUAUCUCCGCCGAUCUUACCGAAACCACGAGCAUGGACGAGCCAGAUCAAUCCUACGCAACGCCUUCGUCACGUCGCCCAGAUGGCCAGCAUGGCCAAGGAGAUGAUAUCGACCUUACCGCGCUCAAUGUUUCUUCCCACAGCACGCCGCGUGCACCAACUCAUCAAGGAGACGACGAUUUCACCAUUUCUUCCCUUGACCACUCCUCUUCAUACGAGAAUCUGAGAAAGCAGAUCAACCAGGAUGAGGCACCAUUCGAUAUGCCCAACUCGUCGACUUUACCCUCUACGCCAGGUCGACAACCUUUCUUCCCACCGGAUGUUGGCUCCGUGACCCCGAUGUCUUCUCCAUUCAUUCCGCCAGCCUCAUCAGCAAGGUACCAAUCUGCCUCGCGAGACAUUCGUUACCAGAAACCCUCCGAUCCUGUGAUGCACCAGGUUCUCGACAAGACCUAUCGGGUCCAAGCAACUCCGCUGGGAAAGGGAUUCCGCAAUGCAGGCGCAGUCGCCAAUACCCGCUCCAAGUUCACCGUCACGCCAAACGCCGCUUCUUCUUCGCGCAAUGCACGUGACGAUUCACCUAUGUCUAGCCCCGAGCCCGAAGCCCCACAACUAAACGCGGAGCUUUUCGACUCGCCUGUUAAGGGCGUGAAAGCAACCCCCGGGACGAACCGCAAGCGUCGAACCAGCAGCAAUCGCCUUCGUGGCACGCCAAAGCCGGGUACAAGUGUCUUGACGCCCGCGAAGAACCAAGGUCGCCAUACGCCAGUGUGGGAUAGUGAUGAUGACUUGGACGAUGAAGAAGACUUCGGUCCUAGUCCACCCAAGACAAUGCAAUUCCAUAUCCCUCAGAGUCGGUUGAUGAAAACACCAGCCAAGGAAGCGUCCAAACGUAUUGUUACUGAUCUCCUGGCCACUGCCGGUGCUGAUGAUUUUACCGAUGACAUCGACGACGGCCCAAGUCCCAGUAUAAUCCGGCGAUCUGGGCGAAUGGAAGAUGAGACUUUCUGA